UAUAUCUAGUCCCGCCCCUUUCCUUGGCCUCGCCAUCGGCGGCGGUGGCGCCUGAGCUCCACUGUCGCUCUACUUGCCACUCUUCUCCCGGUCAGGUCGCUCGCAGUACCUUCGGUUUCCUUCUUGCCUGACGGGGAAUCCGCCGCAGCGAGAGGAGGAGGCGGCUCGGCCGGUGACGUCGCGACUGGUGUUCGGUGCGGGCGGGCGCCCCCGGCUGUUUCCGGAGGAAGGAGAAGCGCAGGCAGCGAGUGAGCGAGAGGCUCCAUCCCCCACCCGCAGGGAGGGAGUGCGGCAGCGGCGGCGGCGGCGCAGACAGGGCCCGGCGACGACGACGAGGCGGCGGCGGUGUAGGAGGAACACCUAGAGCAACCCCCGGCCGCGGCGGCCACCACCACCAGCACCACCACAGCGACACUCGCCCCCACAGCGCAGGAGAAAGGAUGGCGCUGAAACGCAUCAACAAGGAACUUAGUGACUUGGCUCGUGACCCACCAGCUCAGUGUUCUGCAGGCCCUGUUGGAGAUGACAUGUUUCAUUGGCAAGCCACAAUUAUGGGCCCUAAUGACAGUCCAUAUCAAGGUGGUGUUUUCUUCUUGACAAUUCACUUUCCUACAGACUACCCUUUCAAACCACCCAAGGUUGCAUUUACAACAAGAAUUUAUCAUCCAAAUAUUAACAGUAAUGGCAGCAUUUGUCUCGACAUUCUAAGGUCACAGUGGUCUCCUGCUUUAACUAUUUCUAAAGUUCUGUUAUCCAUUUGUUCACUGCUAUGUGACCCAAAUCCAGAUGAUCCCCUAGUGCCAGAGAUUGCACGUAUCUAUAAAACAGACAGAGACAAGUACAAUAGGUUAGCAAGAGAGUGGACAGAGAAAUACGCUAUGCUGUAGGGUACAACAGAAUAUCUCGGGAAUGGACUCAGAAGUAUGCCAUGUGAUGCUACCUUAAAUCAGAAUAACCUGCAUUAUAGCUGGAAUAAACUUUAAAUUACUGUUCCUUUUUGAUUUUCUUAUCCGGCUGCUCCCCUAUCAGACCUCAUCUUUUUUAUUUUUAUUUACCUCUAUCCAUUCAUGCACAUGCUCAUCUGAGAAGACUUUAGCUCUUCCAGCUUUGGACAAUAACUGCUUUUUUAGAAUCUGUAAAGUAGUUAUACAAGAACAAUUGCCCAAGAUUCAGAAUUCUUUAAAUGGAGCAUGUGUGUUGUGGCCAAUGUCUUCACUCUAACUUGGUUAUGAGAUUGAAAUCAUUCCUCACUGCUCUAACAGUUCUACUGAAGAUACCGCCCAAAGGGAGGGAGAUGGAUGUUCAGUUUGCUCACAUCACAGGAAAUAACAUUGCUGUAGCAUCAUCCAUCUUGUUUUAAAUCCUUCCAGUGUUAGAGACUGAGGUUUCAUGACAUACUUGUGCUCAUAACUGGUAUGGCUGGAGAAUUGGUACAGAACCUGUAGCAUCAGCAGAACAGAACACGUGAUGUAUCUUAUGCAUGUCAAUAAAGGAAUGACCAGUUCUUGUUCUACAGAGAAUGGAAAUUGGAAGUCCAACAUCUCUUGUAUUCCAAAAUAGGGUCUCAGAACAUUUUUGUAACUCUCAUUUAAAUUUUGUUAGGAUGCUUGGAGCUAUUAGUUAAUCUAUCUUCCACAACAGUUUAAUAUAGCACUGAAUAAAUGAUGCAAGUUGUCAAUGGAUGAAUGAUCAACUAAUAGCUCUCCUAGUAAUUGAUUUUAUUUUCUUCAAUAAAGUUACAUAAACCAAUGA